UUCCCAAAAUCCAAUCCCAAUCUAUUGUAACAAAUAAAGAAGUACUGUCAUAGUGGCGGUAUAUUUUGUAAUUUGUAAUUUAUUAUUGGUUAGGACACGUUUAUUUGGAUAUUAAGUAAGGGAUCGUUGCAACGUGCACAAUCACUCAUAUUGAAUAGAGAUAAGGAGCACAAUCUGAUCACGUCCGCACCGCUCGGCCACUAGUCACCACACACACACAAGGAAGAAAACUGUUUUAAACAGUUUAACCUUUCAGAACAAAAAUUCACAAUGGAGUCAAAGUUAAAAUCCCAGAAAGGAACCAAGGUUGAAAGGUACUGUGUGUGUAGAUCAAGUGAUGGCUCAAGAUUUAUGAUAUGCUGUGACAAAUGUACAGGAUGGUUUCAUGGAGACUGUAUGAACGUUACACAGCAACAAGCAAAGCGCAUUGAGCAUUGGUUUUGUCCUAAAUGUGUUUUGAGUAUCUGUGAUGGUGCGCAGAAUUUACAGAACAUAAGUUCAAAGAACAAAUGCAAGACACAGAAGAGAACAAGUGAUCGAAUUUCAGAGAUUCCUUUGAAAGACUCUGCUUGCUGCGGACAAUGUAGUAACUGUCUUCGAAAUGAAGAAUGUGGCAAUAAGAGUUUCUUUGAAAGAAAGAAGUUUAAGAAUGAGGAGACCAGAUGCGAGCUGGUGUACGACAAAGCGAGUGUUGGCAUCAAUCAGCUAAGAAGAAAUGAAUGUCGUGAAAAUCCAAAGAAAGUGUUCGUACAGUGUAUGGGGCCGAACUGUCUCAAACCAGCAAGAGUCAAUAGUAAAUACUGCAGUCACGAUUGUGGCUAUGCUUUGAACCACUUGCGGCUAAUUUCAAUAAUACCGAACCGCAUCUUGGAACAAGAACAAGUGCCCUGUAUGGCAGACAUCAAUGAUCAUCGUAAACUGAAACAGAUCAGAGAUGAACAGAAUGUUUGUAUCAGUAAUCUGCAGAAUCUUGACAAGAAAGAGAAGAUUCUGCAAGAGCUGAUAAACAGAGGCAAGAGAAUGCCUGUUGUCGAAGCAGAGGAAGAGUCCAGGGAGGAAGAUGAGACGAAGAUGUACUGUGUCACGUGUGGGUGGGACAUACCGAUACAAACAGCCGUCAGGCACAUGGAACUGUGCUUCAGAAAGGUUGAAAGUCAUGAUGCCGUUGUGGAAGUUAUUGAGAAAAAUUCAAAGUAUUGUAGAAUAUUUUGCAACUUCUACGAUUCAUCUAAAAACACCUUCUGUAAACGUCUACGCUAUGUUUGUCCCGAUCACUACAAACUUCCGAAAGCUGGAGAUAAUGAGGUUUGUGGAUGCCCAAUGAAGGAAACAAUAUUACAAACAAUUUAUUCUGGUGUGGUGAAUAAAUUCUGCCAGAGGCUUAAGAAAAACUGUUACCAACAUUUCAAUUGGGAGAGCCUCUUCCUGGCUGAUAUUGAUUUUGAUCGUUUUAGAGAGUUGAACAAAAUCAACACGCUAUUUGGAGAAGAAUAUCAUCUUUUGAGGCAACUUACAAAUCGAUGCAAUGUAGUGGGACUUCUGCUUCAUUCAACAAGAGUGCACAAGUGAAAAUCUGAUUUAAUAAUUAUAGUAAAUGAUUCAGUAGUAUUUGUUAAAAUGAUUUUACCAUUAACUUCUUUUUUGCUGUAAAAUAAAAAAAUUCUUAGAAUAAGCAUGGGAUUCUCCAUAUAAUACUUUAAUUUAAACCAUUUUUAAAUACAUGUUAGUUCAAAUAUCAAAUAGGUCUUGUGUAAUGAGGCUUUUAUAUUCAAAUUCAGGAAAUAUAUGAACAACUUUCUUCAAAGCCUAUAAUAAUCAUUAUUUAUUAUUAAUCUUAAAGACAUGUUUGUAAAACUACUAUAGAUUUCAGAGUUCUUUAAGAAUGUAACAAUGUUCCCAGUAUUUUGAUAUUUUACAUAAACCAGAAUUAGUCAGGUGUCACAACAAGUUUUAUGGCAUCUUAGUUCUGCAGACUUUUUAAAUGUUAAUAACACUUGCAGUGAUAGUGAUGUGUGCUUUUAUGUAAACAGUAAUUUGCAUUUUCCCCAUUAUGUUUUCUUUCAAUAUAUUUUGGCAUAUUUACUUAUUUAAUAAAGUUAAGUGUAAAUGUAAUGAAGUACUAUUGACAAUAAUUAUUUUGUGGGCAAUUAAUCUGAGUUGUAAUUAAGUUGCCCGAACUCCUGUAUCUGCCUCAUCCUGAAGUAAUUAAUAAGUUGUUUUUAAAAUAGUGGAUAAAUUGUAUUGUUAUUUGUCAAAACAUUUGUGCUAAACCACAUACAAAGCACACCAAUGUUUCCCUCUGUAUAAUAUUGUAAUAACAUUUGUAUUAAACAUUACAAUAUCAAUACAAUGUAGCAAAAGUAAUAGGUUUUAGUUUAAUUCUAAUUCUUUACGUCUAUCCAUGUUCGUAGUAUAAUAUUAGCAUUACAAUAGAAUAAUAGAUGUAUCUGUGUGCCAUUUUACAAGGUUUUUGAUUCAUAGUAAAUAACAACACUGUAAUGGUGCAACUAAUAUUAUAAAUUAAGGUAGGUAAUUUACUAUAUUAUAUCAAUAAAUUGUUUGAUUUUAAAGUA